AAGCACGUCGGCGUUGUCUUCUGAUGGGCCGCUCUACUGGUAUUCUGCCGUGGAAGUGAUGUUGCGCUUACUUUAAAAACGGGCUAAUGACAACUUGCACAAACUUUGUACAGCAGCGGCCCAAGCUCCUUGUGACUCUGACCAGCGAUUUCCAUCUGGAGCACACAUGUGAUCGCUGCCAAUGGUCGCCCAAAUCUGUUGUCGCAACAGGUUCUUGACAGUGGCCGUCUGCUUUUUCGUCGCCUGGCUCGUUGUGCAGUUGAUCACGACACAGCAAUGCCUCACUCAAAGCCGAACCAACGUAGUCUCGGGAAGCUGGAAGCACUCCUGCCUACGGAAAAUAGUCGACAGCUUAGUGUCGUCAGGCGUUCAUUCAGACUGCAUAGCGGCGGUCGAGAAACUUGCCGACGGCCAGCGGCAGCGGGUCAUUUAUGCAAUAACGCCCACGUACACACGUCCUGUUCAAGAAGCCGAACUGACGCGGCUUUCUCAUACAUUUCGUCUGGUCCCGUACUUGCACUGGAUCGUUGUAGAAGACUCAACUGUCCGAACAGCUUUGGUGUCAGACUUAUUAGCUCGUUGCGGUGUGGCCUUCACCCAUCUGUAUGCUGCUACACCAGCUGAUCGCAAGCUGAAGCCUGAAGACCCCAGCUGGCUUCUUCCAAAGGGCGUCCUCCAGAGAAAUGAAGGCCUACGCUGGCUUCGAACCAAUGCAGAGCAUCUGGAUCCCAAUGGCAUAGUCUACUUCGCUGAUGAUGACAACACUUAUGAUCUACGUCUGUUUGACGAGAUGCGAAAGACUGUCAAAGUGUCUGUUUGGCCUGUGGGUUUGGUUGGAGGCUUGAUGGUUGAGCGGCCAAUUGUUAGAGACAGUCAUGUUGUCGGCUGGAACGCUGUCUGGAAACCAUACAGGCGUUAUCCCCUGGACAUGGCAGGUUUCGCCGUGUCCCUGCGGCUACUUCUUGACAACCCUGACGCCCAGUUUCGACUUCGGCUUCCCCGUGGUCAGCAGGAAUCUUACUUGCUGAAGCAGCUUCUGUCUGGGCCAGAGGAGUUGGAGCCUCGUGCUGGAAACUGCACUCAAGUUCUUGUGUGGCACACUCGCACCGAGAAGCCCAAGCUAGAUCAGGGACGCCCCAGCAAGGCUGGAAACAUGAAACAACCAAAGCAAGUCGCUGCAAAGCCACGCCUCCAGGCGUAGGUGCCUUGUGAAGCGACUGAUGUUUGUGUGUGUUAAAACAGUGCAGCACGGGACACUUGGUUGCCAUGCCAGCAAGCGCCUGUGCUCAACAUAUGCUUGGACUACAGUUAUGCUCGAUUAUUUAGGCAACAGACCCUUCCGCUUUCGUGCAAAGAGCCAUAACAUUGCUCCACUGUUGCGAUGAGCACCUGGAGUGGUAAUCUAGGUCAAUCACUUUUGGGCUACGUUCACUUUCAUGAUUUUUUUCGUGGCUUGGCAUCAGACAUUAGUGUGUGCAAGGAAUAUCAUUCUUUGCACUGUGCCAGCAUGCCCAGAACUGUGCGAGAUACUGUUGCCCUCGGAUGCUGACGUGCUAGUGCUGAGUAAUUUGGCCAUACCCACAAAAGUAAUUGACCGAGAAUACAGCCCUUGUUUGUGCAAUGGUGCUCCUGCCGCCCAUUUAGUCAGCAUAUACGUACAAUGACGCAAGCAAUGCUGAUGAAGUGUUUGUCCAAGGGCAAGUUUUCUUUUGCUUCUUUUUUUUGCAUCUCAUUUGGCUUGUUUAGAUAAUGAUUACUAGUCCAAUUAAGCUUUUUUUUUAUCUCUGAAGGUCACAGAUUGAGAAUAUGGCUUUGCUUUAGAUACUUUAUCUACACCUGCCCACAAACGUUUUCAGAAUGUGAAAGUUUCAGAGCAGCUCAGUGACUUCAAGGCCUAAACACCUAGAGCCAGAAGUUUGGAUGUGCACUGGCUUACUCUGAACUAUAGCCAUGAGAGUUUCAAACACACACACACUGUUCUAGAGUCGUACCAUUUGUGGCGCUUCCCAUGGCUAUAUUAUUUCGAUAGGGGCGAAAUGUGAAAAACACCUGUUUACUGCGCAUUGGGCGCACGUUGAGGAACCCCAGAUGGUCCAAUUAUUCCGAAGUCCUUCACUACAGCGCGCCUCAUAAUCAGAUCUGGUUUUGGCACGUAGAACCCCAGAAUUAAUUAUACGUGCCUAUUGCCCAAGUUCACAAAGGCCCGCCAAUUGUCAAAACACCUGGGACCAAAAGUAUCUGAAAACUGCUGUGCUACUUCAUUGAGCACUACAAGAAAGAGGAGCCCUAAAAGUCCACUGUAAUCAAAAUGAAAUCAUCUUCCCACUUAACUUUUUUGAAAAGUUGGGCUUCCCAUUUCAAGGAACUUAUGGUGGUAACAGACAGUGCUGACGAAGCACUCUAGCAAACUUUCACUUUAUCACUAGUCACGUGCCAGUCAACUAAACGCUGAGGAUUGGCCUCCAAGUAUGCUCCGAGUUACAAGCUGGUGUGAUUGAAGAACUGUGGUGUAAGCUGUCAUCACCAGCUCCUAUGGGUGUCAAUGCAAUUAUUGGCCCAAGUGCUUCCAUCUCAGUAUGACUGCUUCUAAAAAUACCAUGAGAAUGUUGGCAUCACUAUUGAGAAAUGCUGACGCUAGUUCACUUUUCUGGGACUCUCAAGGUACUGGCAGUAUCCAGCCAACAUGAUCAUUACUAAACAUUCUACACACUGUUUCAAUGCAUGUGAAAGGUGUGGAUGGCUUGUGCCAAUAGUGCUUGUUGCUUAGUAGAGUCAAGGAACCAGCCAGCGGUGUUGUGCCAAAAGUUUCAUGUGCUUAAUAUAUAUCAGCUUAAGCCUUG